AUGCCUUUCUACCAAAUUUACCAUACCUAUCCUCUUGCCCAGAAGCAGCGGGAAUCCAUUGCGCUGUCCAUCACCAAUCUCCAUUGUAGCACCUUUAGCACACCCGCCUUUUUCGUCCAUGUCAACUUCAUCAAACAAGAGCCAAAGUCCGAUGAUGGAACGUACUUCAUGGCCGGAAAGUCGCACACCAGCAACUCGAACCGCAUCGUUGCGCUAGUUCGAACGUCGGCUUCUCGCACGAAAGAUGACUUUGACGGACUGGCAGCCAAGAUCGAAGACGCCUGGAACGGCGCUGUCAAAGAGCCGGGUAAAGAGGCCGAGUUUGAUGAGGCAAAACGGCUUUUGAUGGUCGUGUUUACGCCGAUGUUGGCGAUCAGGGAGGGCGGGAUGGCUAUUCCCGACGCUGGCCACGAGGAGGCGUGGCUCAAGCAGCAACUGCCGUAUUUCAAAGAGAUGAGCGAAAAGCACGGAGUCAAAGACUUUACGGACCUGCUGGAGGAGUUGAAACAGAUGGAAUCGCUCAGAGGUCUUCUGAUUUAG